CUGUGUGUGUGUAUUUAACUGUAAACAAACCCCUCACGCCCGAUCUAACCAUCUUCGGUCUCGGCGACCGUGAACACGAAGCGGGUACCUGUAUUAACAAACAGUGGACGUUAUAUCUCAUUACUGUGAGUACUGAAGAUGGCGGAGUGGGAAAUCCUUUAUUACAAUCUUCCAUUAGCUGGGAGGGCAGAAUUUAUUCGUUUGAUAUUCGAAGAAAUGGGAAUAUCAUACAGUGAACCAAUUAAAUCCUUUGACGAAAUCCGGGAAAUGGUCUUUAACAACGGCAUCGGUGGGUUCCCUGUCCAAUUCCCACCCGUCCUCAGAAAAGGUGACUUUCAUCUUGGACAAACACCUGUAAUCUGUAAAUAUUUAGGAGAAAAAUUUGGACUUGUCCCCAAAUCGGAAGAAGAAAAGUGGCAAGCGGAGCAAGUAAAUGCUACCAUACAUGAUUUUGUAGCAGAAGGACGAUUGGCUUUCCACGGCAAGAGGUGGAUAGAUUCUUACCACAAUCAAAAGGAGGAGACACAGCCCUACAUUGAUUGGGUCGCCAAAGAGAGGAUACCAAAAUGGCUGAAAUAUUUUGAGGAAGUCCUGAAGAGAAAUAAUGAUGGGCAAGGUUUCCUAUUCGGAUCAGAGUUGACGUAUGUAGACCUGGGACUACUUCAAUGCCUCCGAGGUUGUGAAUAUUCCUACCCUAAGGCGUUUGAGGCAGCGGAUUAUUGCCCUCUGCUGAAGGCUUUUAAGACCCGUAUGGAAGCCCGACCUAAGCUUGCAGCGUACUACAAGUCGGAGCGAUACGCCAAGCAUCCACAGGACACCAACAGCAUGAUGUAAAGAUCUGGAUGACUGCCCAUCAAUCUAGCGCUUUCUGGUUCCUUAUAUUAUUAUAAUUGUUUGGAAAGGAGCGCUUGCAAGAUACUUGAAUGUCAUACUAUUUUGUUUCAUUAUCGUAGUUCAUCCAUACUGUAGACAUUAUAGUUACUAGGCUAUUACUGCUGAAUUUAAUGUUGCAUUGUUUCAUUAAAACAGAGGUUUGCUUAUA